AUGAAUGCUAUCAAGAUUCGCAGGAAGAAGAAUGUCAAGAAGGGGAUUCAGUUCUGUCUGAUGGUGUGCGGUGCUUCAGGCACGGGCCGCACCACUUUCGUGAACACGCUUUGCGGAAAGAAGGUCCUUCAGCACAAGGACACUGAUGACCCGACCACUGCACACAUUGAGGAAGGCGUCAAGAUCAAGCCCAUCACUGUUGAACUAGAGCUUGAUGAAGAAGGCACACGCAUCUCCCUCACCAUUGUCGAUACACCUGGAUUCGGUGAUCAAAUUGACAAUGAGGCCAGCUUUUCUGAAAUCGUCGGCUAUCUCGAACGCCAAUAUGAUGACAUUCUCGCUGAAGAGUCGAGAAUCAAGCGUAACCCAAGAUUCCGUGAUAACAGAGUACACGUACUCCUGUAUUUCAUCACACCUACUGGUCAUGGCCUCCGAGAACUCGAUAUCGAGCUGAUGAAGCGGCUUUCACCACGCGUUAACGUCAUCCCCGUCAUCGGUAAAGCAGACGCUCUGACACCGGCAGAGCUUGCCGAGUCGAAGAAGCUUGUUAUGGAAGAUAUUGAGCACUACCGAAUUCCGGUGUACAACUUCCCUUAUGACAUCGAGGAGGAUGACGAGGACACCGUCGAAGAAAACGCAGAGCUCAGGGGACUGAUGCCAUUUGCCAUUGUCGGCUCUGAAGACAUUGUCGAGGUUGGAGGGAAGCGGGUCCGCGCGCGACAGUACCCAUGGGGCAUCGUCGAAGUCGACAAUCCAAGGCACUCUGACUUUUUAGCUGUCCGGAGUGCACUUCUUCACAGCCAUCUCGCCGACCUCAAGGAGAUUACCCACGACUUCCUGUACGAGAAUUACCGUACCGAGAAACUCAGCAAGAGCGUCGAAGGUGGUGCUGCUGCGGACUCAUCAAUGAACCCCGAAGAUCUCGCUUCGCAAUCGGUUCGCCUGAAGGAAGAGCAGCUUCGCCGCGAGGAGGAGAAGCUCCGUGAAAUAGAGGUUAAGGUUCAGCGCGAGAUCAAUGAGAAGAGACAGGAACUUCUUGCGCGCGAGAGUCAACUAAAGGAGAUUGAAGCUCGCAUGCAUCGAGAGCAGAGUGGAUUUAUCGACCAAGAUUCGACCACCGUAGACAGCGAGACCCCAGCUUAA